AUGAGAUGGACAGUGUGGAAAAGAUCGAGCAUGGGAUUCGUAGGGAUGGAUGGUUUCUCCGUGUACGAUGCAGAUGGCAAAUUAACCUUCAGAAUUGACAACUAUUGCAGAAACCAGAAAACACUCCUCCUCAUGGACGCAGCAGGAAAGCCUCUCCUAUCUCUCCAGCCAAAGAUGCUAAGCAUGCAUGAUCAAUGGGAUGCAUAUGAAGGAGAGAAGAAGAAGACAAGAUCAAAUAAGCCACUUUUCUCAAUGAGAAGACCAUCCAUUCUUCAUUGCCAGAUGGAUGUAGCCGAGGUGUUUAUGAUUAGUCGCAUUACUGAUGAAGAAGAGCCAAGAUUCUGGGUGGAGGGAAGCUUUAGGAGCAGAUCUUGCAGAAUAAUAAGGCAGGGUAGAGGGAAUUGGGAGGAGAUGGUGGCUCAAAUAACUCGGAAAAAGGCGAAUUCUUUGGUACAGCUUGGAGAUGAUGUGUUCACGCUGAAUGUCAAGGCAGGAGUGGACUGUGAGCUUAUAAUGGCGUUUGUUGUAGUCAUGGAUCGAAUAUGCAGGAAGUAG